AUGGAAAAACAAGAGUUUUAUAAUCUCGUCUACGGCAAGACAAAGGUGCCGCGAAGACCUCCGAUACCAAAUUUGAAUCAGUUCACAAGUAAGGACUACGAAAAAAAUCCAUUACUUAAAUUUAGUACGCAGAAAGAGCGAACGCGUGAAGUAGUUGAGUUAAUUGCAAGCUCUGCCGAUAAUUUGCGUGCCAAAGAAUUAUUGAUGAGGGAUGUGGUUGAACAUCCGAUAGAGUGGGAAGAAAACAUUCUGCGACUAAUCCCCGAAAGUAUCAGAUUCAAAUACCCGCACAUUGUGGAACAAAUAAUCCACGAGACGAGACAGAAAUAUCUCGAAGAAAUGCAUGGAUUUGGAAUUAAAAUGGUACUGCAUCCAAGCCUAAGGAAAAAAAAUCCUGAUCUCUCACCAAUCGAGACUCCCUUUGCUCACGAAGGCCGGACAAAAAAUUAUGAAACGGUGAUCAAAGCCAAGGCAUACUCUGGACUUCCGGACAAGUUCCUAGAAUUUUCUCGCUAUCACAGCUUGGGACUACUGGAGUUACACAAGCUGAAGGAUGCCGUUGCCAAAGAUCUUCGGAACAGUGGGCUUCUGAUAAUGCGGCGUUAUUACGACGAAGUAGCAAAACUAUUAAAAAGACCAAAGUAUCUUGAUCUACCCUGCAUAGUGAAAACUUUGACGCAAUUCUUACGCUGCGCUACAGGACUGUUUGUCCAGGAAAUCCUGAAUCGCAUGAUAAUGACCAUAGAAGACUUGAUUGAAGUUCUGGGUGAUCCACAUCAGUGUCCACGCUUAAAGCUCGAGCUCUUUUACACGAAUUGCGAACUCGUGAUGAAUCCAUGCAUCGAGGAGAUCUAUCAAAGUUAUCACCAAAUUGUAGAGGAUGUGGCAAACUUAGGCCAGGAAAUUACUCCCUUCGAGUACUAUCUGAAGAUAAAAACCAAGAGAAACUACAUGGACGUAAAACUGCCAAAAUGGUUCAGAAACGAAGCCCACGAGAGACUGCAAACAGUCCUAGAAAAAGUCUUUCACCCUGUGAACUCUCAUUGUGCCCGACACAAGAGUAAAUUCGAUGUCGUAUGCAGACCUGAAACUGAAGCGGAAAUUGUGGAGUUUCUUAGUGAAUACCGCGAGUUCCACGAAUGCUGCGUUGAAGUGAAAAGGUUCAUUGGGUUCAUAAAAGAAACUAACGAUAUGGUCGCGAACGAGUAUUAUGCAGUUGGGCAACUUGCACAAGCCACAGCAAAGUCAAUUCUGAAAUCGAAGGCCUCAAGAAUAGUUGACAUCGUUGUCAAAGAGCUAGUGAGGCACCAUCAAGAGUACAAUAAGUCGAUUUGCAAGACUUUCGAAAAAUUGGCAACGAAGGCAUUGAACGUACCGAAUAACGCCAAAGACCUAUUCCUGCUGACUGAAUACAUGGCAUACGCUUCCAGCGUACUAAUUGGGGAACUUGAAGAGAAGAUUCGGUGCUCAAUUGAAAUGCUAGACUCCUUAAUAGGGAUUGCUACUCUGGACGACUGGCAUCUGGAGCUGAACAGACAAACGAUAAAUUGGCUCAUUAAAAUCGGGCCAGUGUUUGAAGAAAGUUCAAUACUAUGCGAGGCGACAAAAUGCGAGCUAGAAGACGAACUGCAGAGGCGCAUAAAUGUGCUCAACGAAGAAGUCGACAAGUUUUUCCCAAAACUAGUAAUUCUCGAUGAUAUGGAUGACGCAAAACGCAUUCGAGAGUACGCUGACGACCUCAGUAUGUUGAUGCGACACGUUGAAGGGAUAGACGAACAGAUAAGCUGGAUCAAUCUGGAGGAGAGGCUAUUUAAGUUUCCGGAAACAACUUUCACCAAGGUUAAUGAGGUGAAGGAAACAAUUGAGCCAUUCCAUACCCUCGUUCGCUUGAUCUACAGAUGGAAACGUGACAAUGACGUAUGGCUCGACGGACCUUUCGAUUACCUAGAUGCGAAUGUGAUCAAGCAAAAAACUGAGGAAUAUUUCGCCCGUUUUGGUGAAAUCAGUAGAUCUUAUCGUACAAAGUUAAAGGCGGACCUGGCGGCGAACAAAUCGUACCGGUUUUCAGGGGUCGUUGAUGACCCAGAUCCGAUGCAACAACCAGCCCCGCUGAAAUUGUGUUGGCAGGUGAUCAAGGAGGUGAACGAUUUCAACCAGUACGUUCCCCUGGCGAUAUGCUUCUGUAACCCGGCACUGGUUAAACGGCACUGGGACGAAAUGUCCGUGAUUGCUGGUAUCGAUCUCGUGCCGAAUGCUGGAACUACCUUGCAAAAGAUAAUUGGAUUCGAUCUAACGCACGACAUCGAAAAGUACCAAGUCAUAAGCAUUGGAGCAAACAAGGAACUAGCUCUUCAGAAACAACUUGCUGCCAUGAUGAAUGAAUGGGAUCCGCUAAUCUUGAGAACGAAGCCGGUUACGAACACCGAUCUGAGAGUGUUAAUAGAUCCGGAAGACGUAGAGAUCCUCCUUGCAGAGCAGCUGACAAAAAUUGAGGAAAUGGGUACGUCAUACUUUGUGAAACCCAUCGAGCGUGAGGUUGCAAGCUUCAAAGCCACUUUAAAAACAAUCGGAAAAACACUAGAAAGAUGGAUCGCCUUGCAAAACCGGUGGCUAGAUCUUCGUUCAAUUUUCGCCAGCCGAGGAAUCAAAUUGGAACUUCCCAGGGAGUCUAGGUUGUACGCCUCGGUCUGCACGGUACUCAGUUCCGCUGUGAAUAAGACUUCUAAGGACCCGCGUGUCCGCGUCGUAGCGGAGAGCCAAGAUUUGCUUUCAUCCGUGCUCCGCAGUACUGAGGACAUGGACAGGAUUAACGAAGGCAUUCGUCGCUACCUUAUGACUAAAAGACUGCGAUUUCCACGAUUGUUCUUCCUCUCGGAUAAGGAGGUCCUGCGCACGCUAUUCGACUUCUGUGAUUCAUCGCAGGAUCCCCAACUCUGCCUUACCAAGUGUUUCCACGGACUAGCAAGACUUGCUGCGAACCCAGACCCUCAGAGCUAUUCCAUUACUGGUCACGACAGCGAAGAAAUUUGCAUUCAAGGGUGUAGUUUCCGCUCCCUGAUGGAUACUGGUCGUACCGAGGAUUGGCUCAUUCGUGUUGAACGUGAUAUAAUAACAACCUUGCAGGAAAAAGUUCGAGCCAGCUGUACAGAAUACAUAGAAAAGAAUGCUGUGAAGGAAGGUGCUGAUUUUAGAAUCACAUGGAUUUUCGCCUGGCCAGGAAUGGUUUCUCUUUGUGCAACUCGCAUUUUUUGGACAUCCCAAGUGACGGCAGCUUUAUCUAACCGUAAUUUAAAAGCUCUCGCCAAGUAUCAAACAGACAUAGAAAUGCAAAUUGUGGAUCUGGUAAAAGAAACCAGAAAACCAUUGUCCCGAAAACAACGGCUCGUUUUGGUAACAAUGAUAGUCGCAGAGCUUCAUGACAUGGAUAUCGUAAAGCAGCUUAUUGAAAAGAAUGUUGACAGACAGGAGGACUUCAAUUGGCAAGUUCAAUUGCGAUACUACCUCGAAGGUGAGGAUCAACUAACAAAGACGGUCACCGUAAGAAUGAUGGAUGCAACAAUGAACUACGGUUACGAAUAUUUGGGCAAUGAAACAACGUGUCCAAUCAUCGUGACACCUUUGACUGACCGAUGCUACCGCACCUUAGUCGAAGCUCGAAGCUGCUGCUUGUAUGGAGCGCUGGAAGGCCCCACGGCCACGGGAAAGACGGAAACUGUUCGAGGGCUUGCCAGGGCUUUGGGCGUUCCGUGUGUUGUCGUUGGGUGCUCCGAGCACAUGGACUACCUCUGCAUAGGGAACAUCAUGAAGGGCGUUGCCAGCUGUGGUGCUUGGGUGUGUCUUGACAACUUUCAUCGGCUUGAUCCGGAGGUCCUAUCCGUUGUGGGACAACAAAUCCACGCGAUUACUCGAGCUAUUCGCACUUCAGCGAAGCGUUGUGAUAUCGAGGGUACUAGCCUGAGACUGAAACCCACUUAUAAUAUUUGCGUAACCCUGGACUCAGGACACGUGAACCACUCUUCUAUACCAAACAACACGAGAUCCCUUUUCAGGACAGUAGCAAUGGUCCUUCCAGACUUUCUUCCAAUCUCAGAAGUUGAACUCUAUGCCGGAGGCUUUACAGAUGCGAAAAUUCUUGCCAGAAAACUAGUGACCGCACACAAACUCUGUGCAGAUCUUUUCGCCACCGAAUUGUUCUACGACUUUGGGAUGAGAUCUAUGAAGAGCGUGCUGAGAAGGGCUGUUCACCUGAAGCUUCAUUUCUCCUCCGAAGAAGAAACGGUUAUUUUACUGAGAUCUAUCAUUGAUACUCACUUGGCGAAAUUCAUGGAACGUGACGUCGUUGUAUUCCAAGCUAUCCUGCUCGAUCUUUUCCCAGGUUCUAUUUUACCCCCGCCUAGCUAUCAACUAGUUCUUAAAGCUUUCCGUCAAGUAUGUGAGAACCGGAAGCUCUGUUCACACGAAGCAUUCGAACUGAAGGCUAUUCAAAUUUUCGAAACAAUCUGUACCCGUCGUGGCAUCAUAAUUAUGGGUGAGCCGUUCGGAGGUAAAACCUCGAUCCUUCAUUGUCUAGCUGCUGCGCUAGCAUUAUUGGCCGAUGAGGGUGACUCGAUCUUCGGCCGAGUUACGGAAAUCCGAACAGUAAACCCAAAGGCCGUUGGUCUCAAUCGUCUCUUUGGCAAAUUGGAUCGGAAGACACGUGUCUGGCACGAUGGAAUAGUAUCAUCUGUGCUUCGGGAGUUCUGUGAGCAAAAGCCUAACUCUCAGUCUUCUUGGCUAGUUUUCGAUGGACCCGUUGAGCCUGAAUGGGCAGAAAGCUUUAACACUGUGCUGGAUGACAACGGAAAACUGUGUUUGAUCUCUGGUGAAAAUAUACAGCUGUCUCGUGGCUCGACCUCUAUCAUCUUCGAGACGCUGAAUUUAGUGCAAGCAUCACCAGCCACGGUAUCGGGUUGCGGAUUAGUUUACGUUGAGCCACAUUCCUUAGGGUGGAGAUCCCUUACAACAUCCUGGCUGAAGAAAUGGGACUGCCGAGAACGAAUCCAUGCAAGCGGGUGCGUGAAGAUCCUUCUGGAAUGGUUGCUAGAUCCUUGCCUCAACUACGUGCAAGGUAACUGCCGCCAUGUUGUUAGGACGAGUCCACUUCACCAAGUCAACGCAACCCUAAGUCUCGUUGAGAUGUUCGUUAGUGAUGCGAUAGCAGAUACGCCUGACGUUUCUCGGGAUCACGAAGUGACAUGGACACAAGCGGCAGCUGUGCAAUCCAUUGUCUGGGGAAUUUGCGGUACUCUCUACUCCGAUUCCGGAAUCCGCUUCGAAGAGUUUUUUAGUUCUCUAUGGAGUGGUGGGGUCGAUGGAUAUCCGGUACCCACUCUACCAGUUGGCACAGUGGACGUGCUCGUACCUGCUGAUAGUUCCAUUCGCGAUCAUUUUUAUAUGUUCAAAGGUCGUGGAGUAUGGAAACACUGGAUGGACGUUCUAAAAAACGAAAAACUCGUCGAGCCACGUUUCCUUAGCCAAAUGGUCGUGCCCACGGUAGACACCUUGAAGCACGCGAGUUUGUUUAACCGUCACAUUCGUCAUCGUAGACAAUUCCUAGUAUGCGGUGAUCCAGCAACUGGAAAAACUAUUUGCAUACACGACAUUCUUCGAAAUGGGCCAUGGCAUUCCUCCCACACAUCAAACUUCAUUACUUUCACGAAAAAAACCACUUCAGCCGAGGCUCAUAAUUUAAUCGUCUCACGAUUGAACAAAAAAAAACGCGGCUACUACGGCCCUCCCGACGGUAAGUUUUGCGUUACAUUUGUCGACGAUGUGAGCGCGCCCAUCAUACAGGAGGAUGAGGCCCAAUCAGCCCUCGAAUUGCUGAGGCAGUACUUUGAUCACAAACACUGGUACGACUUGGAAGAACCAGACAAGAUAUUCGUACAAGACACGAUGUUCGUCGCCGCCAUGACUAUUCGGACUGACUAUGAGCAGCCAGUUCCGUCUUCUAGAUUUCUACGUCACUUCAACGUGUAUGCAAUUCCAGCAGUUUCCAGAGAUAGCCUUUUUAGGAUAUUCACCAACGUCUGCUUGAGUGGCUUGAAGCGAAACGGCUUCAGCGCUGACAUACUCGGCGUAAUUCAGAAUACUGUUAAUGCAACUCUAAACGUGUGGACCGCCACCUUGACCAGUUUAAUGCCAACCCCCAAUAAGGUAUUCCAUCUAUUUGAUGUGAGGGAUAUCUCAAGGAUGGUUGCUGGCUGCAUGCGCCUACGAAAAGAAUCUGCAGACUCAAAGGUGAUAUUCGUACGGCUUUGGGUCCAUGAGGUCCUGCGAGUCUUCCGAGAUCGCCUCGUCAACGAUGACGACUCACAGUGGCUGUUUACCAAGAUCAAGGAAACUGUCAAGAUCUAUUUUAAGGAUCACUCAUUCGAAACAGCGUUCGACCACCUCCCAAAGUACGAUGAUCAGAUCACUAACGAAAGUCUGAAUGAUCUAAUCUUUGGAAAUUUCAUGGACGGUGAUGCGACUCUUGAAAAUCGAAGGUAUGAGGAGAUUACGAGCAUCGAAAAUCUAAGGAAAAGGAUCGUCGGCUACCUUGCCGAGUACAACGAGUCUCACGUGAAGAAGAUGGACCUUCUCCCUUUCGGUUGCGCCCUGCAGCACCUAGCGCGGAUUUCCAGGAUCCUUGCGAUCCCCGGCGAAAGCCUUAUCUUUGUUGCCGUUGAUGGCUCAGGGCGUAGAUCACUGACUCGACUAGCAGGUCACUUAAUGCGGCAGGAUGUUCACGAGCCUGCAGCCGGAACUUUUCGCGACUCACGUACAUGGCGAGCGAACCUUGCUAAUGCUCUGAAAAAUUCUGCUGGUAGCGGAAAGGAUUUCGUACUGUUGAUUACUGACAGGCAGUUGAAAGAUGAACAGCUCCUUGACGUCGACAGCUUACUAAAUUACGGCGAAGUCCCGAAUCUAUUCGCGUCCGAUGAACGACAGAAAAUAAUAGAGACAGUGCGUUUGGCCGCACAGAACGGCGAUCGAAACCUGGAAAUCAGUAGCGUUGCGGUAAUGGAGUACUUUGUCAAUCAGUGCAGGGAAAAGCUACACUUUGUGCUCUGUUUCAGUCCAGUCGGGGUUGCGUUCCGACGAAGUCUGCUCUCUUACCCGAAUCUCCGCAGGUGCUCUGUAAAUUGGUUUAACGGUUGGCCGGAGACUGCCCUUGAAGAAGUUGCGACGAAGUACACAAAGAACAUCAAGAUUCCCGAAGCAAUACGAUCGAAAUGUGUCACGGCUUGCAAAUAUUUCCACAACUCUGCCAAGGAAGUUGGGUAUUCGUACGACAAAAACACCGGGAGGUUGACAUACGUAACAAUCCCGGCUUACCUACACCUAGUACAGUCUUUCGCUGAACAAAUAGCGCGUAAACAGGAGUCGAUUACGACAGCUCGAAAUAGAUACGUAGCUGGACUUGAGAAGCUACAAUUUGCUGCAGGUCAGGUAGCACGCAUGAAGACAAAACUAACGGCGCUAAGGCCUCAGCUCGAGUUGUCAGCGAAGGAAACGAUUGCAACAAUGACGGAAAUCGAGAACGAGAAUGUCAGCGUUGAAAGAGCGACGGUGCUAGUCAAACGUGAGGAAGAAGUUGCAAACACGAAGGCGGAAAUUGCGAGUGCCCUGAAGACAGAGUGCGAAGCCGACCUGGCCGUGGCUAUUCCAAUUCUUGAGGACGCAAUUGCUGCGCUGAACACUCUAAAGCCAGCUGACAUCACCUUGGUAAAAGCCAUGAAAAAUCCACCAGACACAGUAAAACUCGUCAUGGCAGCUGUCUGCGUGAUGCUCAACGUUCCUCCGGAUCGCUCGCUGGACCCGGUCACGGGUAAAAAAAUGACAGACUAUUGGGGCCCCAGCAAACGUGUCCUUGGCGACAUGAAUUUCCUGCAAAAUCUGAAGGACUACGAUAAGGACAACAUUCCCGUGGCCUUGAUGAACGUCGUGAAGAAAACUUACAUGACCGAUAAGAACUUCAUGCCCAAUAUCGUCGUUAAGGCAUCCAGCGCAGCGGAGGGGCUGUGCAAAUGGGUGCGAGCGAUGGUGUCCUACGAUGACGUCGCAAAAGUGGUAGCCCCAAAAAAGGAGAAACUGAUGGCAGCCCAAAGAGAAUGUGACGAGACCGAAGCUGUCUUGAACGAGAAACGUAAGACCCUAGCCGAUUUGAAUGCAAAGCUAGCCGUUCUGAAUAGCAGUCUUCGCGCGACCCUGGCCAAGAAAAUGGAUCUGGAAAAGCAGGUGGCUAGUUGCACGGAAAAACUGAUCAAAGCGGAGAAUCUGAUUAGCAGUCUCGGUGGUGAGAAGCGACGUUGGAUGCGUAACGCAGAGAGACUAGAACAAUUUUACGACAACUUGGCAGGUGAUGUGCUUCUAUCCUGCGGAAUCAUUGCCUACCUCGGUCCCUUUUCGGCAGCCUAUCGACUGGAGACUCUAAAAAAUUGGCGCGAUUAUGUUAUCACCUCAGAGAUGCCCUGUUCAAACGAAUUCAGCUUUGUCGAUAUUCUUGCCUCUGAGAUAAAAAUUAGCUCUUGGAAUGUGAAUGGACUUUCCAAAGACGCUUACUCCACUGAGAACGCGGUGAUUUUGGACAACUCGAAGAUGUGGAGUCUGUUGAUCGACCCGCAGAGCCAGGCGAACAACUGGAUAAAAAAAAUGGAGGCACCAAACGGUCUUCGAAUAAUAAAACUCUCUGAUAUAAGAUACAUGGAGAUCCUCGAACAUAGCAUAGAAACUGGAAAGCCGGUUCUGCUUGAAAACAUCGAAGACGAGUUAGACACUUCUUUAGAUCCUAUACUGACUAAAGAUAUCCAUAGAAUUAACGGCAUCACCUACCUAACGAUCGCGUCUAAAACACUGAAGUAUUCUGAUCGAUUUAGACUUUACAUUACGACGAAGCUUCCGAAUCCACGAUAUCCACCUUACAUUUUUAAUUUGGCAUCAGUGAUCGACUUCUCUCUGACAAAUGAAGGGUUGGAGAGUAAACUGCUGAAUCUAGUUGUUGCUAAAGAGCGUCCGGACCUCCAAGAAAAGCUUGAAAAUUUGCUAAUACAGAGUGCGGCAAAUAAGAAGAAUUUGAAGCAGGAGGAGGACAACAUAUUGAUAACGCUCUCCACGUCCACCACUAACAUCCUUGAAGACGAUAAUGCUAUCAAGCUUCUGGAUUCCUCAAAACAUCUGGCCGUGAGUAUCGUAAAGAAACAAGAAGCCAGCAGUGCAACUGAAACGUAUAUCGACACAUUUCGCCAGAGGUACCGUCCUUUCGCUGCGCACAGUGCUGCAAUUUACCGGACCUUGGCCGGUCUUCCAAUUGUCAAUCCAAUGUACCGCUUCUCUCUCGAAUGGUUUGUACAUCUGUACAUUAGAUCAAUCGAGACUUCAAAUAGAAGCAUUAUUUUACAGAAACGUCUCAAUUAUCUUAAUCAAGCUUUCACCAACAAUUUAUAUGAAAGUGUAUCACGAGGCCUUUUCGAGAGAGACAAACUUCUUUAUUCCCUAAUCCUAUACAUCGAGAUAAUGCUAGAUACUAAAGCAAUCACAAAUGAGGAAGUCGACUUUUUCUUAGCUGGAGACUCGGUAGUCGAUAGUGACCUGAAAACUAAACUGCCUGCUCCAUGCUUUGAUUGGUUGACGGAGAAAUCAUGGAAGGAGAUUUGUAAAGCCAGCAAAGUUCUCCCAUCCUUUAAGGAUUUUCCGGAGAGUUUUUGUGCGGAUGCACGCACCUGGAAAGUUUACCACGAUCUAGAACACCCUGAGAACUUCUCGAUUCCCGCACCUUGGCACGAGAAGCUGACACCAUUCCAGCAAGUAAUCCUGAUGCGCAUCAUACGGCCAGAUAGGCUAGUUGUAAAGGUGACACAAUUCGUGAAGCUGGGAAUGGGGGAAAGAUUUGUGUCACCACCUUUCUUCGACGUGGCAAAGUCUUUCGUAGAGUCUAACUGCCUAGUACCGUUGAUAUUUCUCCUAAGUCCUGGAUUUGACCCGACAGCGUCAGUUGCAAAGCUCGCAAACAAGCUGGGCUUCUCAGCAAGGUUUGUCUCUCUUUCGUUAGGACAAGGCCAAGAGAAUCACGCAAAAUCCAUAAUAAAGCGGGGUCAGCGGCAAGGGUGGUGGAUAUUUCUGCAAAAUUGUCAUCUGGCUAGUGACUGGCUACCAGCCCUAGAAAGAAUAUGUGAAACGUUUGACGCCUCCAACACGUCGCUCGACUUCCGACUGUGGCUGUCAAGCUAUCCAACGCGCGAAUUCCCCAUCGCCAUACUUGAACGUGGAGUCAAAAUGACCAACGAGCCAUCAGCCGACCUGAAGAGAAAUCUGACAAGUCGUUAUUACACGGAACCAGUAUGCAAUCGCGAAUAUUUUGAAGGUUGUCCCGGGAGGAACAAGGUCUUCACUAAGCUUUUGUACGGGCUGUGCAUGUUCCACGCGGUUUUACAAGGCAGAGCGACAUUCCUUUAUCGAGGAUGGAACCUGAGCUAUGACUUUGAUGAGUCAGACUUCCAAAUUGCAUCGCGCCGAUUGCAGAUAUUUAUAAACGAAUACAACCCGGUGCCUUUCGACGCCAUGUCGUAUCUCAUUGCGCAGUGCCACUACGGAGGUAGAGUCCUUGACGAUGAGGAUAGGCGUUACGUGGGCUCAAUUCUCGAGGAAUUUGCUAACCCAAAUGUCUACGGUGAAAAUAAUUUCAGGUUCAUGUCCUCUUCAGCCUAUGGGCUUCCUAGGAAGUGCGAAUACCGUGACUACGUAAACCAAGUCCUUACGAUCCCGGACGAUCCCUCACCAGAGAUUUACGGACUCCCUCAAGACGCCAUUAUUGUGCGUGGGCUCAACGACAGUAAGGUGUUCCUAUCCAUCAUACAGUUAGCCCAUGCCCAGGGAAAGUCCGUAGUAUACAGUGAAUCCCUACCCAACCGAAUAACUGAUAUCCGUGCGAAACUGCCACGGAUUUUCAACGUCGACGAGGCCCGAAAAAAGUAUCCGAUGAGCUGCCGAGAGCCUAUAAAAGCAGUUAUGUUUAGAGAAAUGGAGCUGUACAACGUGCUAAUAGAAGAGACGAGACAUUCCGCGGAUAUCCUGGAAAACGCGUUGCAAGGACGUGGUGAAUGGACGCUAUCGCUUGAAGAAUUUUCGCGUGAGAUCCAUUUGGGGAAAGUGCCGAUUUCUUGGAGGAAAGCGUGUCCGUACGACUCGCCAACUAGUUCGUUGCUAAUCUUCAUCGAAGAUCUUCUGAAUAGGCUUAACUUUCUGAACGACUGGUUCGAGGGAGGUUCGCCACGCGCCUAUUGGCUCGGCGGUAUCUCUUCGGGAACGGCAUUUUUGGCUGCGGCACGUCUGACUUUCACCCGAGAACGAGGCCUUGCUUUACACGAUGCUCGAUUUGACUUUGAAGUUCUUCAGACAUACCAUCCGGAAGACUUGCCGAUUCAGUCAACCAUCGAUGGAGUCUUGAUCAGCGGAUUGUUCCUGACAAGUGCCAGAUGGGAUCUUGAACGGAUGGUGCUCGUCGAAAGCUCGCCAAAGGUAUUGUGGAAUCGAAUGCCGAUACUGCGCUACAGACUAACGGACUUGAUCAGCCAAUCGGAAAAAUACGAAUGUCCACUUUACACAUCCGUUGUCAAAGAUAUUUACGCGUUUGACUCGAUGGGUCGUAUGAAUAAUUAUCUACUUAACGUUAAUCUCGAUACGGACAGACCGAUUGAAUUCUGGCUAAGCAGGCGAGCUGUACUUUACUGUCAACGCGACGAACAAUAG